GGCUGCUGUCUCCCGGCAAGGGUCGUGGACCCGCGUCGGGCUUCACCCAUGUCCCGCCGCCUCCGCCCUCACAGCAGCGGCAGCAGCAGCAGCAGCACAUGUCGCUGUCCCUCGCUGCUGCUGCUGCUGCGGGCCACCCCGGCGGCGGCAGUCCCUUCAGUGACAGGUUGGAUCUGCGAGCGCUCUACGCCACUGCCGCAGCAGCAGCCGCACCUCCUCCUCCCACGGCAGCCCAAGCCCCAGCAGCAGCAGCACCCCACCCGCACCACCCGCACCCCUUCUCUGGCUUCUCCUCCAGCCACCACCCGCCCGCCCCCAGCCCCGUGCUGCUGCCCCUGCCGGGACGACCCGCCGCCACUCCGCUCACCGCCUCGGCACCCAUCGCACCGCGCCGCAUCAACUUCACUCCGGGAGCAGCAGCAGGAGGAGCAGGAGGAGGGGCAGGAGGCCGCAGCAACAGCGGUAACAGCACCGCCCCCGUCCCCGCCUCGACCCUCGGCGGCUCAUACUAUAGCACUCCGCAACAACACCCGCAGUAUCACCCUCACCCGCAGUAUCACCACCACCAGCAGCAGCAUCAGCAGCAGCAUCAAAGCUCCUCCGUGCAUGCGGAUCAUCAUCAUCACCAUGAGGACGACGACGCUGCUGCCCUGAUGAGCGACUCCAGCAGCGACCUGAGCACCACCAGCAGCGACCUGCUGCCUCCUUCAUCCGCGGCUCGGGCUCAGCGGUCCUCCUCCGUUGCUCGCUCGACAAGAGGAGCAGCUCGAUUAUCAUCAUCAGCAGCAGCAGCAGGAACAGGAACAGCGACAAGAGGAGGAGGAGUGUUUUUAGACGGCGGCGAUGCUAGCGCUAGCGGUGGUGGUGGUGGUUUCGGUUCGCUGCUACGGCAGCGGAGCAGCAGUUUGACGCUGCAGCGCUCUACCUCGGCCAGUCUGGCGGGGUGGCAGCAGGAGCCGGACAGUGGCAGUGGCAGUGGCAGUGGCAGCGGCAGCACUACUCAACAUGGGUCGGUGGGGUCAGCCUCCGUGGGGCACCUGACCUCCCGGGGUAGUGGUGGGGGUGUGGGAAGUGGUGCUGGAGAGGGUCAGGGG